AGUCUGCAGCAGCAGGAGAGAUGAAGUGAUUCACGUUACGGAGAGAGAGCGCCGCUUCCUUUCUCAUCUGUUUUUCUGUUGCUGGCGUCUUGAUCUGAUUUGUGUUGUUGGUUCUCCUCCUGCCUGUCUGUCUGCCUGUCUGUCUUCCACCUUUACUUGUUGUUCAUAGCUCUGUUAUGGAUAUCAGGACUGUUGUGACCAUCUCAACUCUUUUACUCAUGACUGCUGAAUCCAACCAAUCAACACCUGGGCCAAACAUCACAGAGCCCCCCCAUACUUACAGCAGCACCAGGGGCUGUUCCUGCCCCCCCAUCCCCAGCAGCCCUGCCCCUCCAACAGGCCUCCUGUCCAUCACAUGGAGGAGUCAAUGUGAAGGAGACGUCCAGCUGAUAUUCUACCACCCCGCCAACUCCUCCUCUCCUGUCUGUCAUGGAAGUAAAAAAACCAUCCUGAAUAUUUUGAGAAGUGUGUGUGAGAACCAGCGAGGAUGUAAAAACUCAAUGAGCUGGGUCAAAGGAGAGGAGCAGCAAGGUCAUAACAUCACUGAGAAUGGAGCAGAGGAGAUCAGCUGUGAGACCCUCAGGGUCCGCUGCCCAGUUGAAGUCCUCCCAGAUGUGCAGGGGCAGCUGCAGGCCUACAGAGGGGGGACAGCUGUGCUCUGCUGCCUGCUGCUGGUCCUGGUCCUGAUCCGCUUCACCAGACCCACCGUCAGAGCCCUGCAGAACAGACUAUCUGAAAGGAGGCAGAACCGCUGGAUCGGACCUACGCAGAGUCACAGUGUGGCCUAUCGAGGAAAGACUGCAGUUCAAAUCAAUGAGGGAGAGAAGAGACUUUCCUACCCUGCUCUGGAGCGCCUGGCAGUCAGUGACAGCAGAGAGCCCUCAUCUAACAGGAACAGUGACUACAACUUAUGAUAUCAUUAUCACCACCAUCAUCAUCAUCACCACCAUCAUCAUCAUCAUCACCAUCACCAUCAUUAUCACCAUCACCACCAUUAUUAUCAUCACCAUCACCACCAUCAUCAUCAUCACA